AGGGAGAGGGAGUCACGUGUAUGGCAGGGAGCAAGCGCUCUUCCAGGGAUGGGGGAGCUAUUCCUGGGGCUGGAAUGUACACAGUGGCCUCGUGGAGAGCCCUCCACAACAAAAACAACACAGCACACAUCUCUCUAUAAACACCCACCUGCUAGACAGCAGCGGCUAUUAAGAAAGCAAAGAUUCAGACAGACUGUUUGUGCGUGGGAGAGAAAGGGUAGAUAAUGGUCAUUGUUUCUUUUUGUUUUAGUUUUUUUUGUGGUUUUGUACUAAGGUUGACAUAUCCUAAAGAAGACUUGAGAGCACCGCUGGCUGCAACAUGUGCCCUGGAAAAAGAAUGAACCAGUCAUCACCCGAUGUGCUGCACUACAAAGACAAGGAGCUGGCCUCCAGUCUGCUUGUGCAGCUGAACCUCCUGAGGAAGGACAGAAUCCUCACCGAUGUGGUUCUGUGUUCAGAAGAUACCGAGGUCCCCUGCCACCGCAACGUUCUCGUCUCCAGCAGCCCCUACUUCCGCGCCAUGUUCUGCAGCAACUUCCAGGAGAGCGUCCAGCCACGGGUGGUCCUCAAGGGCGUCGCCCCGGAGGUGCUGAGCGCCGUGGUGGACUACGUCUAUACCGGAGCCAUCAGCAUCACGGUGGAGCUGGUGCUGCCGCUGAUGCAGGUGUCAUCAAUGCUGCAGUAUGGCCGGCUGUUCGAGGCCUGCUCCACGUUCCUCCAGACGCAGCUCGGUGCCGACAACUGCCUGGGCAUGAUGCGGCUGGGUGAGGUGCUGCACUGCACCAGCCUGCACCAGAAGGCCUGCGAGGUGGCCGCCUGCUGCUUCCCGGCUAUGGCUGCCUCCGAUGACUUCCCCGGGCUCUCGCUGGCUGAGCUGACGAGCGUGCUCGGGGACGAUCGCCUGUGUGCCGGGGAGGAGCAAGUGUUCGAGACCAUGCUGGCCUGGAUCAAGCACGACCCGCCGGCGCGUCGCAGCGCCCUCCACGAUCUCUUCAGGAAGCUGCGUCUCCGCCACAUCCACCCCACCUACCUUUUCCAGUUCGUGGCCGGCGACCCGUUGGUGCGGUCGUCGCCGCUGUGCUCGGAGCUCAUCGAGGCCGUGCAGCGGCUGCUCUUCUCCAUGGGGACGGCGCCGCGUCCCGACGUGAUCGAGGACGUGUGGGAUUCCCCUCGGCGAGAGGCGUGCCGUGAAGCCCUGGUCCUGAUAGGCGGGCGCAAGAACGGUCGGCAGACGUCCCGCGAAGCGCUGCUGUUCAACGAGGGCACACAGCAGUGGCAGAAGCUUGCCAAGCUGCCCGUUCGCCUCUACCGCGCCUCCUACACCUGCGUAGAGAGGGUUCUAUACGUAUUGGGCGGGCUAGUGUCCAACGCCAGUCACACGGGCACCCCAACCAAUGGGGUCUACACCCUCUCCCUCAACACCAACCAGUGGAGGGCGGCCGAGCCCAUGCUGGCACCACACUAUGCCCACCAGAGUGUCUCCUACCUGCACUUCGUCUUCACCUUGGGUGGGGUGGCAACGGAUGGGCAACUCUGUGGUGCAGUGGAGCGGUACAACACCAUGUUCAGCCAGUGGGAGGCCAUGGCCCCCAUGCCCACCCCUGUCCUGCACCCAGCUGUGGCCGCUCAUGACCAGAGGAUAUACGUCUUCGGAGGGGAGGACGCCGAACAGAUUCCAGUCCGCAUGAUACAGGUGUACCACAUGGCCAGGAAUCUGUGGUGCAAAAUUGAAACCAGGAUGGUGAAAAACAUAUCUGCCCCAGCAGCAGUCAUCGGUGACAAAAUCUACAUUGUAGGAGGUUACACCCGAAGAACGAUAGCUUAUGACACCAAAGCCAACAGGUUUGUGAAAUGUGAGAACAUGAAGGACAGGAGAAUGCACCACUCAGCCACGGCGAUAAACAACAAGCUCUACGUGACUGGAGGCCGCUACAUCAACAGCCGCGAAAUCAUCGAGGACUCUGAUGGCUUCGAUUGCUAUGACCCUGAGUCGGAUGCAUGGAGCUCCAAGGGCAAGCUUCCAUACAGACUAUAUGACCACGGCGCUGUGUCCUUGAUCUACGUCUCCAGCAAAUCUUUUACUCCCUGAAAGCUGUCAAAGGAGAAGAUACAAAGGAAAAUAUAUAUUUUUUGUAGAAUCAAAGUAGUAUAUAAUAAGGUACUAUACAAGCCAUUGAAUAAGGCUUUCAAACCUUACUGAUGCAUAUGACAUGGCUUUUGGGUCAGUCGAACUGUAGUCUCCAUGGAGAUAUAUUUUGUCUGCUCAGGUUUGAUCUCCGUGUUCUGAAUAUGAAUCUGAACAUUCUGCAGCGGUUUGCACAGAGGUUUUGGAUCAGGCCAAAGAGGUAAUCCCGGGCAGAUGCAUGCCUUCCGGCUGAAGAACGCUCACCUGUGUUCUACCAAGUGCUUUCCGUGUCUGUGACAUGGAGCACGGUUCUGUUUACAUGUGCUAUGAAUGAUUUGAUUCCAGAUAGUUUCAUGUUGGGGGGGUUUUCGAUGCAAGGAAAUGUCUUUUGUAUGUGUUUGUUCUAUUGGAAGGGGUAGUGGAACUGAACUGAGAAUAUAACAAGAAACAUUUGACUUCUGAGCUGCAUAAAAGCAACCGGUCAAACCGGGGGAGAGAACUUUAAAGCAGUUUACACUUUUUACACCUUUUUUCAUGUACAUUCCUGAAGUGUAGCAUCCGUGUAAUCCUUCAGUAGUCCUGAGGACAACGCAUUAAUCACUUUCAAAUAUGGGAAUUCAAUUUAGCCCAAAUCAGUUGGCUCAAGACUGCCACUUUCAUAUUUCUCCAAACACUCAAAUCCCACAGUAUGAGAUAAGAAAAGAACACACCAUGGAUGUACGUGGAUAUGGAGCUCAGUUUCUCUCCUUAUCUUUUCAGUGUGUGCUUUCAAGUGCAGACAACUCACAGCAUUUACAACACAGCAAAUGCAAAAGGCUUUUGGUAUACAUACAAUGGAAGUGAAUACAUACAGUGACAAUGGUGACAAUGUGACAAAGGCUGAAGGUGUAGCUGACUGGUCUGCUAGCAGAUACUUUCAAUCAGCUUCCUUGUCUUCAGGCCUCAUUGUCCGAACUGAGAGAAGACAAGUCAUUCACUGGCUGGGGAUAUAGCAGAGUGCAUUUGUGUUAUUGAGGAUAAUCAGAUAUUGUUUAUUCUGACCUGAUCUGGGUGUGAUGUUGCUAGCAUGUGUGUAUUUCAGGGUUCAGACUGAUAGAUGAACAUGUGCCAUGGAAAGGGACAUAAAAUCUCACACUACACAAACACACAUCAAUCCGUAAUUGCCUACAAACCACUUACCUACUCUAUACUCUUUUGUUGGUCUUUAAAAUUCCAAAUGUUUGAUUUUAUUACUUUAUUACUUUAUUACUUUUAUUACUGUUUUUUUUAUAAUUAAAUAACAGAUUGUGGUGGUCCAUAUAUUUUGUAAGUUAAAUAAAACAAAUACUUUUGCACUGUU